ACCAAAGUGAGACCACCAAAAGAAAAAAAAAGAUUGAGAGAAGUUUCAAAAUUUUCAACAGUGUUCGAUCAUUCUAGUUUUCUUCAUAAUUCCCCCUCCCCCUUUUUUUCCCCUGUAAUCCCCCGCUUCUCUGAAUCCCUUUCUGUUAUAGUCUGUCUUUCAAGAACAAAGCUUUAAACAAGCCCAGACCAGGUUGGUUUUUUGAAAGCCGGAUGUUCCAGAAUAGAGAUCCAGGUUUCUGUUUUUAAAAUCAAUUACUACAAAGUUUUAAGCUUUAUUUUCAUCUGCUAAGAGGGUUUGUUUUUGUUCCCUCAAGUUUUUUUUUUAAAUCGAACUUUUGCCUGUUCUUUUAGUUUUGGUUAAGAACCAGGUUGCAACUUAGUUUUUUGGAUAUGGCAGCAGCUAUAGAUAUGCAUAAUAGCAGCAGUAACUCAGUUUUUUCAGAUCCUUUCAGUGAAGAGUUAAUGAAAGCACUUGAACCUUUUAUGAAAAGUGCUUCAUCUACUUAUUCUUCUUCUUCUCCUCCUUCUUCUUUAUCUUUCUCGUAUUCUCAACUUUUAUCUCCUUCACAGCCUAACAUGGAUCCUGGAUUUUGCUCCCCAUCGAGUACCCACUUGUUUUCCAACCAUGGGUUCUUUAACUAUAGCAAUCCGAUGGGUUUUGAGCAAACAGGUUCAAUUGGGCUUAACCAGCUCAACCCUUCUCAAAUCCUUCAAAUUCAAGCUCAAAUCUAUCAUCAUCAGCAGCAGCAGCAGCAGCAGGUUGAUUAUAUGGUUCCAAAAACACCCCUUGGAAACCAGAGGCUCAACUUUCUUUCCCCAAAAGCUGUCCCUAUGAAACAAGUAUCUUCAACUCCUCCAAAGCCUGCAAAACUGUACCGGGGAGUGAGGCAGAGGCACUGGGGGAAAUGGGUUGCCGAAAUCAGACUCCCCAAGAACCGAACUCGACUUUGGCUUGGCACUUUCGAUACAGCUGAAGAGGCAGCUUUGGCUUAUGACAAGGCUGGUUACAUGCUCCGAGGAGAAUUUGCCAGGCUCAAUUUCCCCCACCUUAAGCAUCAAGGACUUAAUGUUUCUGGCUUCAAACCUCUCCAUUCCUCGGUUGAUGCAAAGCUGCAAGCCAUCUGUGAGAGCCUGGGGAAACAAGAAUCAAAACCUAAGGUGAAGAGCGAGGAGUUGGAUCAGUCUCCAAAGUUACCCCAUCCUAAAGCGGAGAAUUCACCAGAUUUAUCCGAGGAAUCAUUGGCAGGGUCUUCUUCACCAGAAUCCGAUAUCACUUUCUUGGAUUUCUCCGAUUCAAAGUGGGGAGACAAUGAAAACUUCAAUUUGGAAAAGUUCCCUUCAGUAGAAAUUGAUUGGGAAGCCAUCAGGGAACUCUCUUAGAGUCUUGAAAACAAAACUACAACUACUAUCAUGUAAUAUUUUUCUUUAUCUCUAGUAGCCUCUACAAUGAAAUAUUUGACAUUUGUAGAGUUGCUACAGAGUAUUAAUUAGGUGUCGUGAGUUUAGAAUCUAUGUCAAUAUGUUGUAAGAGAGGUCUUGCUGGUACUUUUAAUCCAAGCAACGCCCUUUGGAGACCUUCCAAGUUCAUGUUUUCUUGCAUUAUUAUAGGUCUAGUUGUAAAGUUUAGCAAAUUAUUGUCAGAUGAUAUGUAUAAUAAAUUUUAUCUUUUAUG